CUACCGACUUAGCAUUUGUACAGUCAUAUUUUUAUUGAGAGGCUGGUAGAUAUUUAUUCAUUAAGAUCAAUUCGGGAUCAGCUAAAGAGAGGAAAGCUCUGGCAUUUGAACAUGCACUCUUUUUGUAGGGUGAUGUGGCUGAUACUGGCUUCUACCAUCUGCUUUCCUAUUGCAGCCUGUUUCUCCAACCUGCAGAGCAGAAACCAGCCUUUCUUUCCUUCUGGAUUGUUAAAGCCAUUCACAUUUAUCCUGUAUGGCAAUGAAUUAUAGUCCAUUUUAAGGAAUCUUUUGUGCUUCUGUGCGUAUUCCUACAACAGAAAAAGUGCAUGAGAAAGGAGCUUGAGCAGUCAGUAGUAUAGUAGCUGGCUCACCCGUAUGGAUUAGACUCGUGAGGACAAUAACGAUGGGGGCUCGAGCGACGGAAACAACUCGGGAACUGGAAAGCACCUCUAUAAAGUAUCAAAUAGGAGGACAUGCAGAGAAAAUGUGGCAACGGCUCAAAGGAAUAUUAAGAUGCUUGGUAAAGCAGCUGGAGAAGGGUGACAUUAAUGUGGUGGAUUUAAAAAAGAAUAUUGAAUAUGCAGCAUCUGUGCUGGAGGCAGUUUAUAUUGAUGAAACCAGGAAGCUUUUGGACACUGAGGAUGAGCUCUCUGACAUCCAGUCGGAUUCAGUCCCACUGGAAGUGCGGGACUGGUUAGCUUCUACAUUCACGAGGGAAAUGGGAAUAGUGAAGAGGAGACCUGAAGAAAAGCCCAAAUUCCGAAGCAUUGUGCAUGCUGUACAGGCUGGGAUUUUUGUAGAAAGGAUGUACCGAAGAACUUCUAGCAUGGUUGGUUUGGCUUACCCAGCAGAAGUGAUAGUAACAUUUAAGGAUGUUGAUAAAUGGUCUUUUGACGUAUUUGCCCUAAAUGAAGCAAGUGGAGAGCACAGUCUGAAGUUUAUGAUGUAUGAGCUGUUUACCCGAUAUGACCUUUUGAGCCGUUUCAAGAUCCCUGUUCCCAAUCUUAUUUCAUUUGCUGAAGCUCUUGAGAUCGGUUACAGCAAAUACAAAAAUCCGUAUCACAAUUUGAUCCAUGCAGCUGAUGUUACUCAAACUGUGCAUUACAUAAUGAUUCACACUGGUAUCAUGCACUGGCUCACAGAACUGGAAAUUUUAGCAAUGAUCUUUGCAGCUGCCGUCCAUGAUUAUGAACAUACUGGGACCACAAACAAUUUUCAUAUUCAGACAAGGUCAGAUGUUGCAAUAUUGUACAACGAUCGUUCUGUUCUUGAAAAUCAUCAUGUAAGUGCCGCUUAUAGACUCAUGCAAGAAGAAGAGAUGAACAUCCUGGCAAAUUUAACCAAAGAUGACUGGAGGGAGUUGCGUAGCUUGGUCAUUGAGAUGGUCUUGUCUACAGAUAUGUCGGGUCAUUUUCAACAAAUUAAAACGAUGCGACAUACUCUACAGCAGACAGAGGGGGUAGACAAAGCCAAAGCCAUGUCUUUGAUUCUACAUGCAGCAGACAUAAGCCAUCCAGCAAAAUCCUGGGAACUGCACUACCGGUGGACCAUGGCCCUGAUGGAAGAAUUUUUUCGACAGGGAGACAAGGAGGCUGCUUUAGGUCUUCAGUUUUCCCCACUCUGUGACCGCAAGUCUACUUUGGUAGCUCAGUCCCAAAUAGGUUUCAUUGAUUUCAUAGUAGAACCAACAUUUUCUCUUCUUACGGACUCAAUGGAGAAAAUUGUUAUGCCUCUUAUAGAGGAAGCAUCAAAAUCUGAAAGUCCUGCAUUUGGGACACCCAGCCAGAAUAGUUUGGGAGCAGUAAGCAAUGCUGAAGCACAAAGACGACCCGGUUUUAAAAGUACCAGUGAUGGAGGGACUCACACAGAAAAUUCUCUAGCAACUGUAGACCUAACGAGGUUUAAGGACAACUUGAUGAAGAUCAUUCAAGCAAACAAAGAAAGAUGGAAAGAAUUAGCAGUAGAAGAAGAACUUGUGAAAAAUGUUGGUGAACAGGAAAAAGACCAAAGCAGAAAUUCCACAGAUGCACAGUUACAGGAAGAGACAACAAGGAUACAAAAUGAGAGUAGUCAGGGAAGCGAUGGUACAACCUGUCCUCCCAGAUCCAUCGUCCUACAAGUAGUCUCUUUCGACACUCCUCUGAGUGAUGAAUCCAACUCAGAAAAAUGCACUAACUCUGAUCCGAACCAGAAAGAUCUCACCGAUGCCCAGCAAGAAACACAGAAUACAGACCCACUGAAUGGUAAUGCUUCAUCACAGAGCACCAGUCAAUCUAAUGAAGCUGUCCAGGGUGAAGCUGCAGCAGUGUCUGGUAUCUCCCUGUCAAACAUCGACAGUAAUGUAAAAUAUCAAACUAAGGUGUUGUACAAACCACCACUGUAAGACAGUUUCUUCAGGCAUGUGUAGAAACAGUAGCGUCCUCAAACCAU